AUGUCUGGGCCCGUCUGCGACAUUACGCCCGGCCUGUCCACGCCUCAGGUCGAUGCCUCCUUCCCCAAGAUUAGCCAGCAGACAUAUCAAUUAUACAUGCAAAACGUCGACGACUCUUCUGAUUCGCAGCAACAUGCCAUGAACCAGCGAAGCCACUCCGUUCGACCGGCUUCAUCCGUUGUUGAGCACAGCGAACCGGGCGCCACUGCCAUGAGCACCAACGUCCAGAGCAGAACCGUCGAGUUAGCUUUAUUUAACCACGGCUUGGUCACACCAGGCCAGAGCCCUGACCCCAUCGAUGUGAGCAGCUACAUACCUCCAGCUCCGUGGGACACAAGAAGCUUCCGAUCAUAUUGUCAGAAUAAUAUUACCAAGGCUCCGCAACUCCUCCUGCCACAAUUCGGACAUGAUGUGUUUAUGGACAACAUGGGCAGGAAGCUGUUCAGUUUUUACAUACAUAAUUGGUGUCCUGGGCGAAGUGUGUUAACAAAAACCAACCUGUGGUUGACUGAUUUCGCCAGCAUGAAACAUCCCGCUGUUGUAGCUGCUAUACAGUCCCUCGCUGGUGUUUAUGUUCAUGAUUAUCUGCCAUGUGAUAAUGUACGGCGUCAAGUCAACAAAAGGUUUGCCAUCGCCGAAGCCCGGCUCAGCGAGCUGCUCCAGGAUGCCGCCAUUCUAGACGAAAGCGAGUCUGGCGAGCUAGUCACCUUGGCGUCAUUGCUCUCUAUGCAGGAUGUGGUUCUCAUAGAACGCAGGCUCCAAAAACCCUACUGGCCUCGCUGGUUGACGGGAUUCACACAGGCGGAGAACGUGCUUCAGCGCACGGAUCCAGGCUCUCGUUUUUAUAAAGACUCAAAUGUUCAGGUCUCUGCCCUACGCCUAUCGCAAUCAGUCAUCGUUGGUAGAGGUGUCAUUUUAGCUCAGCUAAUGAUGCCCCUCCCGUCUCUCGCUACUUUCGACCCUAUUGUUGAAACAUGUAGAUUUGGAUUCCUCUUAUAUGGAUCUGAGUCGGACAUGUAUGAAAUCCACGGUGGAUGCGGUUUCUCAAAACGCCUGCUGCACAUCUUCAGCCAGGUGACCUACUGUUCCACUCGCAUGCUACAAGAAUGCGAAACGCCUAUUGUGCCUGUAACUGCCCAGAUGCUCUACGACCAGCUUGUGCAGUUGCCACAAUGGAGUGGAGAAUAUGAUAGCUGGGACGCUGCUAAAAACAGAUCGCAACCGAUUGAAUGGAUUCGGCAGGUGGGCGAGAACUACGUUGUUCAAGAAGCGAAACAGAUGACCGGGGUGACGGCGGAAGCGUGGAGACUGGCUGGAAUGGUCUACCUGCAGUGCCGCCUAUUCAGACUUCCGCGAAACCAUCAAUUGGUCGUUGACAACAUAGCCGACUUAGCCAAGUGCAUUUCUAUUAUGCCAACGUCAGGCUUUAUAUUUACGGCUCAAGCCCCGCUGCUACCGGUCUUCUUCCUCGGGCUACUAGCCACCGUAGAAGAACAUGUUCUAGUCGCGGAUGCCUGGUUUCAGCACGUCAUUGAAACCCCUGUUCGCAGUAGCGUGCCGCCACUUUAUCAAGCUUUGAGACGUAUUCAGAGCUGGAUGGACCAUGAAGUCCCAGUGCCCGCACCAAACACGGAACUGCCCUGCGCCAUUGCUAUGAGGCAACCCUGGUGGGAGCUUAUGGUGUCCAAGGUUCAAGAAAAGGAGAACGAAGUCCUCUGCUUGACAUGA